UACCUCUCUGUCAGUCUAACCUGUUUUACUGUCUUUCCCUGUCUGACUGUAGGUUCUCGGGGGUUCCGCCCAGUAACCUAGGCAACAAUACCAAGUUGGUGGAUUGGAUGCCUCAAAACGACCUGUUGGGCCAUGCCAGAACAGUAGCGUUCCUGUCCCACGGUGGUCUGAACAGUAUCUAUGAAGCGAUGUACCACGGUGUCCCUGUAGUGGGACUACCUCUGUUUGGGGACCACUACGACACUAUGACCCGGGUGGAGGCUAAAGGGAUGGGCAUCAUGGUUCACUGGAAGAGUAUGACAGAGGAGGAGCUGUACCAGGCACUGGCCACUGUUAUCAACAAUAACAAGUAUCGUCAGCGUGCCCAGGUGCUCUCUUCCAUCCAUAAGGACCAACCAGGUCACCCGGUAACAAGAGCUGUCUAUUGGAUAAACUACAUCCUCCGUCACCACGGCGCCAACCACUUACGAUCCUCUGUCUACACUGUCCCCACCUACCAGUACUUCCUAUUGGACGUUGUGUUGGUCGUAGGGGCGGGGCUGGCCCUGAUUGGCUACCUGUUUUACCGGAUAGCAGGGCUACUAAGGUCAAAGAUAAAGGUUCAGGAGCGGGGGGGAGAGGUUAGCCACGGUGACGGCGACGACAAGGCAAACGGACAUUGCCAUAGCAACGGAGCGGUCGCUAAUGGGAAGCACAAACGUAACGGAGCGUCAGUGAAGAACGACAAGAAGAUGAAGUGAAGGGGCGGAGUCUGGGGUCAGAGGUCGGAGAGGUCGGAGAGGAAGCUGAUUCUACUGUAGAGAUUUAGGGUUUAAGGGAGAACAGAACACUCCUCGUUCUGGGAGACUGAAGAAAGGCAGGGAUGAGAUGUGUGUGUGUGUGUGUGUGUGUGUGUGUGUGUGUGUGUGUGUGUGUGUGUGUGUGUGUGUGUGUGUGUGUGUGUGUGUGUGUGUGUGUGUGUGUGUGUGUGUGUGUGUGUGUGUGUGGUUCGUUUCGUGGGAAGAGGGUAACAACCAAUGCUUACAAAACAACAACAACAACAACAACCACCAAGGAGCUGGAAAGUCCAAAAGCCCCCCCCCCAUCCCUCCUCUCCUCCCCUCUCUCCCCCUCCCUCCUCUUCUCCUCUCUCC